AUGGAAAAGCUUUUCUUGCCUCUUCUGAUGCUUGGCACCAUGGCGAAAGCUCAGCACUGCCCCGGCCGUUGCAUCUGCCAGAACAUCUCCCCGACGCUGACCAUGCUGUGCGCCAAGACGGGCCUCCUGUUUGUGCCGGCCACCAUCGACCGGCGCACGGUGGAGCUGCGCCUGACGGACAACUUCAUCACCGUCAUCCGCCGGAAGGACUUCUCCAACAUGACCAACUUGGUGCACCUCACCCUCUCGCGCAACACCAUCAGCCAGAUCCUGCCCUACGCCUUUGCUGACCUGCGUGCCUUACGGGCCCUCCACAUGAACAGCAACCGGCUGGCCAUCCUGAAGCACGAGCACUUCCGGGGACUGACCAACCUCCGGCACCUCAUCCUGGGGAACAACCAGAUCAGCCACAUCGAGGCCUCCUGCUUCGACGAGUUCCUCUCCACGGUGGAGGACCUGGACCUCUCCUACAACAACCUGGAGGCCUUGCCCUGGGAGGCCAUCGGCCAGAUGGUCAGCCUCAACACCCUCACGCUGGACCACAACCUCAUCGACCACAUUGCGGAGGGCACUUUCUCCCAGCUGCAGAAGCUGGUCAGGCUGGACAUGACCUCCAACCGGCUGCAGAAGCUGCCUCCGGACAACCUCUUCCUGAGGGCCGAAGUGCUGGCCAACGUCCGUGGGACUCACCCGUCCACCUUGACCAUCAGCUUUGGAGGCAACCCGCUGCACUGCAACUGCGAGCUCCUCUGGCUGCGGAGGCUGACGCGGGAGGACGACCUGGAGACUUGCGCCUCCCCGGAACACCUGAUGGAUAAGUAUUUUUGGUCGAUCCCCGAGGAGGAGUUCAUCUGCGAACCGCCCCUCAUCACCCACCAGUAUUCCAGCAAGGCCUUCAUCAUGGAAGGCCAGGGGGUCAGCCUGAAGUGCAAGGCCGUGGGGGAUCCGGAACCUUCCAUCCACUGGAUCGCGCCCGACGGCAAACUAAUCCACAACACCACCCGGGCCACCGUCUACGAGAACGGCACGCUGGACAUCUUCAUCACCACCUUGAAGGACAACGGGCUCUUCACCUGCAUCGCCUCCAAUGCGGCCGGGGAGGCCACAGGCCCCAUGGAAGUCUGCAUUGUUCCUCUGCCCCUGCUGGUCAACAACACCGGCCACAUGAAAGAGCCGGACCCCGGAUCCUCCGACAUCACCACCUCUGCCAAAUCAGGCUCCAACGAAACCAAGAAUCACCAGGACAGGAAGAUCCUCGCGGCGGAACUGACCUCGACGUCCGUGGUCAUCCACUGGCCGUCCGAACGGCACAUCCCGGGUAUCCGCAUGUACCAGAUCCAGUACAACAGCUCCUUGGAUGACUCCUUGGUCUACAGGUGA